CAGUUAGACAUUAUGAAUUCAGAGAUUCUGGAGUUGUCUCGGCACCUGGGCACGUUCCUCGCGAUGGAGAUGAGAGGCAAGGCUCAGGCGAUGACGAAGUCAGCGGGCGCUGGCAAUGAGUUCGAGGCACUGAGGCAGAUCUACGCGAACGACUGCCCACAGGGCGGCGCGUCGGAGCAUGGCUUGCCCACGACGAUCGCCCAGCCGAGGUGGUGGGCGAGCGACGAUCGCUCGAGGUGGAGCUUCGCGGAGGCAUUGCACGAUUGGGGUCACGUGGUCACGCAGCAUGAGCUAGCGAGCCAUGACACGAUGUCGGACAGGCUGAAUUGCGCGACGAUCAUUGGCCACGCCCACCUCGCGGCUAGGAUGGCCCUAGAGCACAACCUGGAUGAGAACGCGAAGGUGGAUGCGAUUGGCCAAGUUGACGCGAUCGGCUUCGACAAGCCCCGUUGCAUCUGCAAGGAGCUCGGCCGCAUGGCGGAGCAGUGCUCGCCCAGCCAGAAGGGCAAGGGCAAGGAUUCAGAGGGCUGCGGCAAAGGAAGAGACCACGGAAACAAGGGCGGCCACGGCGGCGGCCAUGGCGGAGACAAAGGUGAUCACGACAAGACCUGCCAUUACUGCAAGGAGAACGGCCACAUCAAAGCCACUUGUUUCAAGCUCAAGAAAGAUUUGGAGGAGAAGAAGACAGGCACCGUCUAUCUUGUCGAGGAGCAAGACGGCGAGGUCAACGCGAUGGUCGCGCCGAGCGACGACUCUGACGAGUCUGGGUUCUGCACGGCGCUGGAGAGCUACGAGAACCACAACUCGAUUAGUGCGAAGAUCAGGGACAACGACUCGACCAGCGACCAGGCGGAGAUCAGGGACCACGACUCGACCAGCGACCAGGCGGAGAUUAGGAACCACGGCUCGACCAGCGACCAGGCGGAGAUCAGGGACUACGACUCCACCAGCGACCAGGUGGAGAUCAGUGACCAGGACUCGGUCGAAGACCAGCUGGAGGACGAGUUCCGGCGCCACUACUGCGAUGAUGCACUAGUCAUGGCGGUCGGCACUGGCGCACAGCCUGUGGACUACGACCUCGACGAGUUCUUGAUGCUGGACGGCGGGGGCGACGAGCACCGCGCGAGGCGGACCUUCGCCAGGCACAGCGUGGUGGUCUGCAACGCCAUCUUCAAGAUCGGCCCCUUUGCUCGCAAUCUCCUCAGCACUGGCAAGGUCCAUGAUGCAGGCCUCGACGUGAUCCACUCCCACUGCGAAGGCUGCUACGUCGGGCUCCGCAAGCCCAACGACGCAUACGUCAAGGCCCCGAUGAUUCGGAAGAGGAACACGUUCGGCGCGCCUGCGAACGUGCACAAGGACAUCCAGGACGCGAAGCGCGCGAUCAAGGAAGGGAACCGGCAGGCGGACGGAGCUGCAGCGUCUGCGCCCAUGGCAGAGGGCGCCGGGUCGGCUUCGUCGGGGUCUGGCGGCGCGGCCCCCAGGGUGGCUCCAGCGGCGGCGGCUGAGCCGGCGGAGGGGCCACCAGUGAGGAGCCCAGCAGGAGCAGAGCUGGGACUUGGGUCUCGAGUCGACCUGCUACGAGCUCGCCUGAAGGAGCUGAGCGCUUCGAUCUACGGCACCAAGGAGCAGAGUCGCCUAGUCCACGCCGAGCCCCAGCACAAGCAAGACCUCGAUUUCAAGAAGGCUGUCGAGGAGCGGCACCAGCAGCAGGUUGACGGCCAGCCUGUGACAGAGGAGCAGCACGAGGCCCCUGGUCACGCGGCGUUCAAGAAGUGGCGCCCUGGGUGCGUCUUCGGCCUGGGGCCCGAGGACCCGCACGUCAAGCAGCCCGUCUACUGCGGGACCGUCAGGGACGAGCUGAUCAUCUUCGAUUGGGCCUUCAACGACACCAAGGACACCGACAAUGUCUGCAACGAGGCUGCAGAUGAUCACGCGACCAAGCACCUCAUGAGGUUCACGCAGCAGCUGGCGCAUCAGAAGCCCGAGCUCAGGUGCUACACUGAGCCUGCGGUGAAGGCGCUCCAAGACAAGGUUGCCAAUGCUAGGAGCGAGGAGAGCCUCGAGACCAGGGUCUCGCAAGGCCGCGCGAGGGACAGCAAGCCGAUGGGCUUCGUCGAGACGCGCAUUCGGCGGUGGUGUGGGCGUUCAAAGGCGAACAGGGCCCAGGCCGAGAGGAACUAUGGGAUCAAGCUCAUACCGCAGUCUCCCCUUUGGCCGUUCCUCGCUCACCACGCUGCGAAUGCGGCGAACUGGUUCAGCAGGAGUGCAGACGGGUACACGGCCCACUUUGCAGUCUACGGCAUGAACUACACUGGAGCUGCGGCGCCAUUCGGCGAGACAGUGAUGGCGAGGGUCACAGACUCCAGGACCGUAAGCAGGCUGCCAAAAGGCAAAACCCACGACAAGGAGCUGUUCCUGAAGGUCUGCGGAGAGCCCUGGAAGGAGAGGAUCGCCCACAUGCCCUGCUCCCUCGUCAUGGGCGGCGGCAAGGGCGAGGUCGCGCCGACGCCGCUGGAGGCCAUGGGCACGGAGGCCGAGGGGGCAGCCUCAGAGGCAGCCCCGCUUGCAGGCGAGCCGCAGGAGAGACGCUGCGAUGCCAGCUGUUGCGAGUUCGGCAACGGGCUCGGCUACGAGGCCAAGGUCUCCGAACGGCGACGCCAUCCUCGGGCGUCGCGUUUCGAGGAUAUGAUCGCCGGGGCCGUCGAGGACAUCAGCGAGCAGCUUGACUACAUGGCGCUCCCGACGGCGAAAGAGCUUACAGACUGGAACACCAGUGGCUUCCCCAUGGAGGAGGCGGCGCAGGCAGGCCUUUCCGCGUACGUCGUCUGGAAGUUGGAGAAGCAGGUUCCUGGCAGAAGGGCGGCGAGUCGUGAGUGCGUCGGCUAUGCUGCCGGCCACCCCCUGGAUUGUGGGCUUGAGCUGAACGACGCCAGCUCGAAGUCCUACCGCAAGCCGAUGACCAGGCUCGGUCUGGAGCUACACAUGGUCAGGACGAAGCGGAAGCUGAAAGACAGCGACGUUGUCAUCGAGGGCCGGUUCGAGUACUUGAAGCGCACCACGAUCAGGACCGACGAGGGCAUCUUCUUGCAGCCGCAGGAGAAGCGCAGCAUGAGCAUCAUCUCCGAGUUGGGGCUGAAAGGUGCGAAAGCGGUCAAGGCUCCAGACAUGGGGCCAGAAGAGAUCUUCGAGCACUCCCCACCCCUGGUCGACAAGCAGAUUUCGAGGCAUCGUUCACGCGUGGGGAGUGGGCUCUACUUGGCACAGGAUCGCGCGGACAUCCAGCGGGCAGUGGGAAUGUUGGCAGCUGACCUGGCGAACCCGACUGAGCACUUCUGGAAGAGGCCGAUUCGGCAUGGGCGCUAUUUGGUCGGCGCCAACGAGCUGGGCGCGUUCCUCCCGAAGGUCGACGCGAAGAUCUACAAGAAGGGCGCGAUCAGUGAUCAUGGCGGAAAGAAGGCAAAACGCAAGAGCACUACCUGCGGGGUUGCGUGUGCGGAAGGGGUGGCGUUGGCGACGCUGGUUCGGAGGCAGGACUUGAUAGCUGUGAGUUCGGGUGAGAGCGAGUUCUACGCACUGACCACAGUGGCGAUGGACGGCAAGAUGGCGAGGGACCACUUCACCUGGUUCGGGUUUCGUGUCGAGUGGACCUUGGAGACCGACUCUUCAGCAGCUCGGUCGAUUUCCUUAAAACAGGGAGCCGGGGAGGUCCGCCAUCUGGACACGAGGGCUCUGUGGGCGCAGCACGCGACGCGCCUGCCGGGGUGGAAGGUCCCGAAGUGCAAAGGGAGCGAGAAUCCAGUUGACAUCGGAACGAAGUCACACGCGGCCGACGCGCACGAGCAGUUGUGCAAGCAGGCUGGACCACGUCGCUUGAGCGGCGACUUCGGGGCAGUUCGUGAGGUCGAGGAGAACGCGGCGAUUGAGAG